AUGGCGAACAUGAACGCUCUUCAGCCGAUGAUUUUCCCUGACGAGAACGCUCCGAUUCAUCGCAAAAAGUCUGUUACUGCUGCUUCGGUUAAAACCAAAGGAUCAGUACUUGGCCAGAAGAAAGCUCUUGGUGGUGGACCGCGUAAGGCUCUGAACGAUAUCACGAACAAGUCCGGGGUCCAGCCAAAAGCUUCGUCGAAGAACAAGAAAGUCGCUGCCUCUGCUUCUGCUUCUGUUGCUGCGAAAGGUGAAAUCAACAUUGCUGGAGAAAGGUUCUUGCAUGACCACAGCAAAUGCAUCAAAGAGCAGCAGAAUCUCUGGGAUGAUCACUUCUCUGCUGAUCUCAUUCUCCUUCACCACGAUUCCAGCAUCAAUGAAAAGCAUCUCACGCUUGACAAAGAAAUGAUGGAUGCUAAGAAGAGUCUGAUUUGCGACGAACCGGAAGAGAUUCCAUCGCCCAAGUUGACUGAUUGGCUGAAGAGCUCAGCAACUCCAUGGCGCUCCCCAAACCGCCAUGGCUCUAAGAUGAUGAUGCCUUCGACUCCUAUGGCUUGGCGGUUCGAUUCAGCUGAAUUCACACUCAGAGAAGACUAUGACGACCUCUUCUGA